AUGAAAAUAGAUGGAAAUCAACAAACCUUUACCUAUAGAAGCGGUCUGUGGUCAAACAAGGAAACAUUCCAACCAACAAAUUUAGAUUUGGAUGACAAAGAAGCAAAAUUGGCUUCGUACUGGACACUACCAUUUACUGAACUUCGUUUGGGAAUGAAAGUAGAUGGAACGAUCAGGUGGAUCACCCUCGGCUACAGCGCAUCAUCUCUCUACAGUAUUAUUGCUGAUGGAAAGUACAGAAGUACGAGUAUUGGUGAGAAUAUGUGGAGAAGUCUACUGCCAACGUCAUCUCUGCAGGACAAUUGCAAUAGGGAAGGAUUCAACACAAGAGCCACUCGCCCACGCUACAUCUUAAAUCAUGCUGGAGCUCGUUUGGGAUUUCUUGCUAACGUGACCGUUGUAGCAACAUCAGACGCGGAAGAGACGGUAAUUACACAUACGAAAGCAAAGACUGCAAAAACAGUUGCUGUUCAGGUAGAAACACGUUGUACACAUAUUUCAGGUGUUCCUGGAGCUGCUGGAGCUGCUGGCACUCCUGGUGCUCCCGGCGCUCCUGGUUAUCGUGGCGAUCGUGGAAGUCCUGGUCCAGGAGGACAAAGAGGAGAAAAAGGGGCAACAGGAAAAGUUGGCCCAAAAGGUGUCCCAGGCGAAACCGGAGUUAAGGGUCCGACCGGACCGAGGGGGCCACAAGGCGUUUUCCGUUUAAACGUGUGCUCUAAUGACAGAAAGGGUAUGAUGAGAUAUAAUCAGCAAGUAAAGGAGGUAGAGUAUUGUGACGGUAACAGCUGGGUGAUCCAGUUGUUACUGACACCCGGCAGCUCGUCUUUGUUGCCUGCGACAUCGUGUAGGGAAAUAGCACUCUAUUACAAGUCUUCUGCCAAAAAUGGAAAUCAUUGGAUUAAACCAUCUUACAAUAAUCUACCGUAUCAGGCAUUCUGUGAUGCUAAUGAAGGUUGGACUCUAAUCAUGAAAAUAGAUGGAAAUCAACAAACCUUUACUUAUAGAAGCAAACUGUGGUCAAACAAAGAAACAUUCCAACCAACUAAUUUGGAUUUGGAUGACAAAGAAGCAAAAUUUGCUUCGUAUUGGACACUACCAUUUACUGAACUUCGUUUGGGAAUGAAAGUAAAUGGAACCAUUAGAUGGAUCACCUUCAGCUACAGCGCGUCAUCUCUCUACAGCCUCAUUACUGAUGAAAAGUACAGAAGCACGAAUAUUGGUGAGAAUAAGUGGAGACCUUUACUGCCAGCGUCAUCUCUGCAGCAAUUCUGCAAUAGGGAAGGAUUCAACACAGGAGGCACUAACGGUCAUAGAAGAUCAAGCUACUUAAGUUAUGCUAGAGCUCGUUUGGGAUUGCUUGCUAGCAAUUCAAACAAUUGUGAUUCACCAGAUUCUUUUCUUGGCUUUGGAACAGAGUACAGCCACAAAAGCAUCAGAAACAGUGCUGGAAACUACAAUGGACGAGUAAAUACUAGAGCAAUUGCCUAUAUUAUGGCACGAUGAGACGCUGCACUACGUAAAUGCAUGAUAGCAAUUAAACAACUGGAAUUGUACAAUUGGUUUUCUGCAAGUAUAUCCACCAAUUGUUGUAGCAGGGCAACUAUAUAUAUAUAGUCUAGUUACACUAUAUGCU